CUGCGUGCCAGUCAGUCGGCGACGAGAGCAGCUCGCCGUCGACCGGACUCUAGGAUGUAGUCUCUCUCGCGCGCUUGCUUUCAGUGUACAUUAUAUUAUUCUCUUCUCUCGUUAUCGUUGCUUAGUCCCAUUGUUAGUCCUUAGUUUCUUCACUGUGCGAUGGCUACAGGAUGAACGGCUCGCAGCAGCAGGAGGCGGAGGAGCCCGCCGGUAGUGCCUCGCAGAGUGCCGCCCAACAGCAGCAGCAACCCGGGAGCAGCGGGAAUUCGAGAAACAGCGGCGGCAUCGAGCUCAGCGACGAUGAGGAAUGGAGCAGCCUCGUCGAGCGUGCCGUUCUCGAGAGGACGAAAUCGGAUCGGUCCACGCGCGCCGACGGAGACCGACGUCGUCGCACCAUAAUCGUCGAGAAGAAGAACGGCACGUACGGCUUCACGUUACAGAGCUACGGUAUCCACUACAAAAGAGAGCAAGAGAUAGAGAUGGUGACUUACGUAGACUACGUGGAGUACGACGGACCGGCUUUCAAAGCUGGCAUGCGCGAGGGCGAUGUCAUCCUCUCGAUCAACGGUCAGGAAAUGGACAGGGCCGAUCACAAGACCCUCGUCAACUUCAUCAAGAACUGCGACGCCAGGAUGCGCAUGGUCGUCUCCUUCGAGGAUUGUGUGAGAAAAGUGGAGCUGCAUAUGCGUUACAUCGAACUCCAGCGGGCUUUGCAGUCGCGACUGAGCGAGCUUGAACGAUUGUGUGAACGGGAGCGUUCUAUUCUCAUGGGCCGAUGGAAAACUCACUCGCUGCCAGCCAGGAAGAGAACUCCGAGCAGUCAGGCUGUCUCCGGCGAACCUAGCCUCGAGCCCACGUCCUCCUCGACGCUGAACUCCUCGGCUACGCAAUCCUGCUGCAGACCGGCCUCUUCCACUGAGCACCUGCUGCUUUAUAGCGUGUACGCAGACGGUAGAUCUUUUCUAAUUCCGCGCAGCGCAGCCUGCCUCGUGGCCAUAGGUCCGCCUCGUUCGCGAAGUGACCAUCAUCACUUCCUGUCGAACGUCUCCGUCGAAUCGGCGGCCACUGCCACCUCGACGGCUUCUUCAUCCCGUCACAGUUACCACCAAGCCAACGGUGUUAGCAACACCAACACCCCUUCCAAGAGCAAGGACCGGUCGACUCACAGCAGCAAGACGAACCUGCAAGCACAAGAGCAACGACAGCCAGAACGCCAAAGUACAUCGGAAAACCAAAACCUGCACCCAUCCGCUCGUAAUCUGUGCGUUGCCUGUAUCUCUAGCGCGAGUCGUCGCAACCGCAACGAUCAAGCUCCACAAGGCGACGGUGGAAGCCUAGACGCCUACGAUUUGGCUAGCCCGUGCUGUGAUCCGAAUUGCGUACCCAGUCGUAGACGCAGAGAAAAACAACGAAGCGCCAAACACGAGCAGGGAUCCCAGACGCACCAACAUCAAGUAUGGCACCACCAUUUACAGCAACAGCAGCAACAGCAGCAACAGCAGCAACAACAACAACAACAACAACAAUCCCAGCAGCAAGCAGUCCAAACCCAAACUGCAUCACGAGAGCAACGCGACGCUCAAGCUCAGACACAACCCCGCGAACAUCACUCGAGUAAGCACAAUUGCUCCAGAGCGUCGGGCCACAGUUUGCACUCGAUAACGAGCAGCGAGAUGUCAACCGGAGCCGCUGACAGCGUCGUCUCCUGCUCGACGAGUCUCAGUACGGAUACUCUCUAUUGGGACCCUAAUGUGCAGCACAGGCCGCCACCCUGUCUGCAGUACGCUAAGCCUAAAUCGUGGGAUAAUUUGACGACCAAAGCUUUUGGGGGGUAUGGAUUCGGAUAUGGUUAUCUCGAUACUGCCAAGUCUACCCACAGUGCCGAACGACCCGCAAAAUCUGGUUCAUCAUCCUUGCACCACGGCCGCGCGAAAACCCCGACAAACAGCAGCAGCAGUUGUUCGCAAUCCCGACGCACUUCCGGCACUCAGGUCUACUCCUCGAACAGCGGCAGCGGUCGCCACCACUUUCAGCCAACGAAGUCAACCGAGAGCCUUCUCAUAGCGACGACGCCUUACCCGACGGAGCUCGAUGCGACCCUCAGCUGCGAAUGCCUCGAUGGACCAAAUCCGCGCUUUAUCGCCGUACAGCUCGAGAAGCACAAACGCCAAAACGACACAUCCUCGUCGUACGCCACGAGAGCCGAGGCUCAGCAGCAGCAGGUCAGACACCGGAGAUCCAGUCACUCGGACGCCAAGCAACGAUCGUCGAUCAACGCCUCAGAAAUCACGAGACUCUGAAACAAGAAGUGAUCACAAGAUGACAAUGAUGCAGUUUUCUAUGUACACGCGUAUAUAUUGAAUUAUAUUAUAUAUAUAACGGACAAAUAAAGCGCUUUACAAAGUGGUUUGUUUAAUCAAGUUACGUGCAUUUUUUUUUCUUUCGGGAAGCGGUGCGGAGAGUGAUGCAACGGGGAUUAGUGAGAGUUGGGUAAUUUUAGAUGCGGAAAAUUUUCCACUAUCGGAGAGAUUGCAUGUGUCAUUAAUAUUCUAAAUUUAAAUAUUUUAAAUAUCUCUCUAAAGGAGCUUCGCGAUUUAUCCGCUGUGAAUUGCGGCAGCACUUGCUGUGGUGGUGCAGCAAAGGAGCGUGAAUCAUUACACUUAUUUUCGUUUUUUGACUAAAUAUAGUAUAUGCAAAAAAUAGAAGCACGUGGAGAGUGAGAUGUAGCAAUUUAAGACAUUGAUUUGAUAAAAUGAUAUGGAAAUUGUCUGUUAUAUGGAAAGCUAUUGUACUCUUUUUUGAAUAAAUUUUAUACAGUUGAAGAAAUUA